AUGACGAUUUCAACCACAGCACAGAGAAGUGAUGAGUUUCGAAUUAAGCAUGGUUGGGGCCGCCCCUUUGUCUAUGGAGGUUACAAUACAAAACCCGGAGAAUUUCCUCACAUGGGCGCUAUAGGCUGGAAAAGUGUUACUGGCACAUGGUUAUUUAAUUGUGGGAGCACACUAAUUAGCCACAAGUUUGUUCUAACUGCUGGACAUUGUAUUAAAGCAUCUCCCAGAGAUUCCAGAAUUGCUGACCUAACUCCUAAAAUGAUAAGAUUUGGGUCUACGAACCUCAACUCAAGUUAUAACAUUGACAGAAAUAUCGCUAGAAUCAUACCGCACCCUGAGUAUAAACCUCCGAGACAAUAUUUUGAUAUAGCGUUAAUGGAAGUUGAUUUUAAAGUAGAUUUCUCUAAGGUGUCACAACCAGCAUGUCUAUGGCCCAAAGAUGACGACAGUUUUGGUAAUCAAGCUACAGUAACAGGAUGGGGCCUUUAUGAAAAAGGUAAUCUCGACACAUCGCUUGAACUACAGGCUGGUGACAUAAACAUAAUAGACUCCAGUAAUUGCAACCAGCUGUUAAGAACCUCAUCCAACAGACUUUGGGUUGGAAUUAUGGACAAUCAGCUCUGCGCAGGGAAGCUGGAGGGUGGCAUUGACGCCUGUCAGGGUGACUCGGGAGGUCCAUUGCAGGUGAGGAUCCCAAUACCAGCUCCAUACGAUAAACGCGAAGCGCAGGUGCACUACGUCAUUGGAAUCACGUCCUUUGGCAUCGGCUGCGCUCUACCGAACUUACCCGGAGUGUACACUAGGGUGUCCAGCUUCCUGGAUUGGAUCGAAAAUAUUGUAUGGGCAAAUGAAUAA